AUGCCCCAAGGUGCUCUGCUCAUGUCCAUGUCCAUGUCCGCUCCGGCCCCGACCCCCAUCCCGCUGACCUCCAUCGCCGUGCUGCGGCAACACCACUCGCAGCUCAUCCGUCUCGGCGUCGCCUCCCACCCCGCCCACGCGCGCCGCCUCCUCUCCUUCCUCGCCCGCGACCCCGACUCCCACUUCCCGUACGCGAGCCGCCUCCUGGCGCGCCACCCGGCCCCGCACCCGGCGCUCUUCAACCCGCUCUUCUCCGCGCUCCCGACGCGCCACGCCGCGCGGCUGCUGGCCCUCAUGCUCUCGCUGCCCCUGCACCCGGACCACUUCACCUUCCCGCGCAUCCUCCCGGGCGCCCAGCCGCUCCACCUGGUCGCCCAGCUCCACGCGCUGCUCCUCAAGCUCGGCUUCCACGCCCACACGCAGUCGCUCAACGCGCUGCUCGCCGCCUACCUUGCCAACAAGAGACCCGACCUCGCCUCCCGCGUCUUCCGCGGCGGCGGCGGCGGCGCUCUCGACGUCGUGUCGUGGACCACCAUGGUCGGCGGGCUCGUCAAGCUGGGGCUGGUCGACGUCGCGAGGGAGCUGUUCGACGGGAUGCCGGAGCGGAACCUCGUGUCGUGGAACGCGAUGAUGUCCGGGUACGUCAAGGCCGGGAGGUUCCUGGACGCGCUGGAGGUGUUCGACGAGAUGCGGGCGCGCGGGGUGGACGGGAACGCCUUCGUCGCGGCUACUGCGGUGGUGGCGUGCACGGGCGCCGGCGCGCUGGCGCGCGGGAGGGAGGUGCACCGGUGGGUGGAGCGGAGCGGGAUCCAGAUGGACGAGAAGCUGGCCACCGCGGUGGUCGACAUGUACUGCAAGUGCGGCUGCGUCGAGGAGGCGUGGCGUGUGUUCGAGGCCCUCCCGGCCAGGGGGCUCACGUCGUGGAACUGCAUGAUCGGUGGGUUCGCGGUGCACGGGCGGGGCGAGGACGCUCUGAAGCUGUUCGGACGGAUGGAGAGGGAGGGCGUGGCGCCGGACGACGUCACGCUGGUGAACGUGCUUACUGCCUGCGCGCACGCCGGGAUGGUCAGCGAGGGUCGCCACUACUUCAACUACAUUUCUCAGAGAUACGGCAUUGAGCCCAAGAUGGAGCACUACGGCUGCAUGGUUGACCUGUACGGAAGAGCAGGGCAGCUGGAGGAAGCCAAGAAGGUUAUCCAAGACAUGCCGAUGGGGCCAGACGCCGGCGUCCUCGGUGCGCUCUUCGGCGCGUCAAAGUUACACGGCGACGUCGAUCUGGGCGAGGCGAUUGGGUGGCGCGUCAUUGAGCUGGAUCCCAACAAUAGCGGGCGCUAUGUGCUGCUGGCGAACCUCCUCGCCACGGCCGGCCGGUGGGAGGACGUGGCUAGGGUCCGGCGGCUGAUGGAUGAGCGGAAUGUGAGUAAGGAAGCCGGGCGGUCAGUGAUCGAGGUCCAAGGUGAGGUCUGCGAGUUCCAGUGCGGUGGCCUCUGCCACCCCCAGGCGGAGGAGGUGUACGCUAUGGCCAGGGACAUGAUGAGGAAGAUCAGGGCAGAGGGCUAUGUGCCCGAUACCCGGGACGUGCUGCACGCCAUUGCAGAGGAGGAGAAGGAGACGCCAUUGCUCUACCACAGUGAGAAGCUGGCCAUCGCCUUUGGGCUCCUGCACACCAGGUCCGGCGACACGAUACGGAUCACCAAGAAUUUGAGAGUCUGUAGAGAUUGCCAUGAGGCAACGAAGUUCGUGUGUCGCGUCUUUGAUCGCGAGAUUGUGGUCAGGGACAGGAACCGGUUCCACCAUUUCAAGGAUGGGCUGUGCUCGUGUAAAGAUUAUUGGUAA